UCUUGGCUUUACACAGUAUGGCCGGCGAUAUUAGCUAGCGCUCGCUCAACGGUAUUCUCUGCAAAAGGGAAGACGGUAAACCCAAGAACUACACCUGAACUGCAAAAGGACUGUACUAAAACAUUAAGUUAUAGCAAUCAAGCAAGGAUUGAUAAAGCUGAAAAACAAACAGCGUGUAUUUUCUGUUGUUGGUGUCUGUUGCCUCACGAUGGAAGAGAACGGUGCACACUUCUUCGAAGGGACCGAGAAGCUGUUGGAGGUGUGGUUCUCCCGGCAGGAUGAGACCAAAGGAACAGGGGACCUCCGCAACAUCCCAAGGUUUGAGUGGGACAAACUUUUGGAGAAUGUGCAUUGUUUGAUCAUUAGUGUGACAAAAACUGACAAGCAGGAAGCUUAUAUACUCAGUGAGAGUAGCAUGUUUGUCUCCAAGAGACGUUUCAUUUUGAAGACAUGUGGAACCACCCUCUUACUACAAGCACUGGUGCCUCUGCUGGAAUUGGCGAGGGAGUACUGCGGCUUUGACACCAUUGAGAAUUUUUUUUAUUCCCGCAAGAACUUCAUGAAGCCCACCCAUCAAGAGUUCCCUCACCGGAACUUCCAAGAGGAAGUGGAAUUUCUCAGCCAGAUAUUCCCAAAUGGAGCAGCCUAUUGCAUGGGACGUUUGAAUUCUGAUUGCUGGUACCUGUUUACUCUGGAUCUGCCGGAGUUCUGGGAGAACAAGCAUGCGGAUCAGACGCUGGAAAUUCUGAUGAGCGACCUUGAGCCAGCGAUUAUGGACCAGUUCUACAUGAAAGAUGGUGUUUCUGCAAAUGAUGUCACUCGUAUGAGUGGAAUCCGUGACCUGAUUCCAGGUUCAGUGAUUGAUGCCACGAUGUUCAACCCUUGUGGCUAUUCUAUGAAUGGAAUGAAAACCGAUGGAACUUACUGGACGAUCCACAUCACCCCAGAGCCAGAGUUCUCCUACGUUAGCUUCGAGACCAACCUGUCUCAGUCCUCCUACGAUGAUCUGAUCAGGAAGGUGGUGGAUGUCUUCAAGCCAGGGAAAUUUGUGACGACGCUUUUUGUCAAUCAGAGCUCCAAAUGUCGCAGUGUCUUUUCUUCCGCCCAGAAGCUCGAAGGUUACAAGCGCAUCGACCGCCAGUUGGCCCAAUUCAACGACUACAAUUUUGUUUUCACCAGUUACGGCAAGAACCGCCAGCAGAACCAGCAGAGUUGAGCCGCCGAAAUGAAGAAGAAGCGCAAAAAGAAAGCCGUCUGUCCUGGGGGCCGUCCCCCCGGCAGCCGGCCCACCCCUUCAGCAGUUAGCCCUCGGCCCCGCUGCCGUCAUCGUUUAGAAUUUACCGGCCCUGGUAGUGCCCCCGGCCCUAGUUUAACCUCGACUUUGAAUCGUACGCAUCCUCGUAUCUACGACUUAGAUAUCUUGCAUGAAAGCUCUUUUCUCUGUUUAGAUAUUCUAGCUCACUCUUGCUGUGAUCUUGAAGUGCAUGUAGAGGAAUUGAACACGCUCCGUUUGAGGAUCUUCGCCCCCGCUCCGCGCGCCCAUCGCUGGGGCCCUUUCCUGCAGGUGUCUCCCCUCAUUCCCCACAGACAGGGCUUCCGUGCCCACUAGGCCAGGGCCCUGACAUGCUCAGAUGGGACCUGCCUUUACUGUCCGGUUACCCCCCCUCCCCCCCACACACAGCCCUUUUCAUUUGUAGCUGUGAUCUUAAUACAUUUUUGGCCUUAGAGUGCACUUUAAUACCCUCCCUAUGUGAGUACUUCUACAUACACACACGCACACACACACACACACUUCUCAUUGGCCUUUCCUAUGCUGUUCCAGCAGCGUUGGGAUGUCCAGUGGCACUGUCCACAUUCUAGGUGGUUCUUUCCCAACCUCACUGAAACAACUGUGGCAUUUAUUUUCCCAUGGGUAUGAUGUACAAGGCUCUUCGCACUGAAUGUAACCGCUGUCCCGUACUAGUCAUUUAGGCAGUCGAGAGGUGGAAUAUUCUGAAUCCCAAUUCUGUGGAAGCUGACUGUUAAGCGAUUCAGACACAUUUUUGUUUGUACUCAGCAGAUCAGUAGGACCAAGCUGUUCAAGCGUGAUGCUUUAGCCACAGACACGUUUUGGAAGCCAAAGGAACAUUCUUUGGUGACGCUGUUCUCAACACUAAAUACAGUAUAACACGGUUCGCUCUGUCUGAAUUUUAUUCUGCCCAAGCAAUUGAUUAUUCAUUUGGACGUUAGGACAGUAAGCUUACCCACACUAUUAAUUACACAAUUUUAAGGAAUGUAAAGAAAACUAUUAAAUAGAAUGUUACUUUCUGACAUCUAACUUUGUGUUUUACUACAAUCAAAUGGCUCUUGUGCGAGAACCUGGUUAACCUGAAAUUUCAAGAAAGCUUGUGCCACGACUUCCAAAGAAAUUUAAUUGAAAAGUUACAGAAAGAACACGGUCUGUAGCCUUUUAGAAUGUACGUGUCCCUGGGGGGGGGGGACAGAAUACCCUGUAGUUGCAGUGUCUGUCGGAUGUUACCUAGCAAACCCAGGUGUUCAGGUUUGCUGUGGGCGGUCAGCAACGCCCUCUGCCAUCCAGCAGGAGGCUCGUUGUCCUGGGCUGCGCGGGUCUCUCUGCUAAGAGCGAGACCGUCAAGCUGGCCCCAGAACCACGCUCGACACUGUGUAGCCUCCCCCAGGCCGCGGCCGUUGCAGCCCUGAAUGGGAAAUAAUGAAUCGGACACUGUGCUUAGCUUAGCGCAGUGGUUGCCCAGCAAAGCAUUUUUUUCUUUCCCUAAACAAUAUGCGCCCGCUCUCUCUCUUUCCCGCCCCGUACAGAAAUCGGUGUCUGCACAAUAGACGCCCUCCGAUCUGAGCAUGCCAGGGUGACCCCGGAUCAUUCCACACGUAACAGUUGCAUAAACUGCCAUUUUAUUAAUUUUAUUGUGAGCUGACGUUUCGCAGUGAAUUGGUCCAAAAUGUGACUCCAUUGCAGUUUUUUUUUUUUUUUUUUUUUUUUGGGAGUAGCGUCAAUGCCCUUUUGUUCGGUGACGGAAAGAUCCUGUCACACCGUCGUGCAUGUGACUACUAGUGCUGUAUUGCUUGACAGUGUUUGUAAUGCUGCAGUCUGUUCCUCAUGUGCCAGGUAAUCAAUGUGCUUCAUCCCCCUCUUGGGUUUAUUGGCUGUAACAUAGAUUAAAAACCGAGACAUCCUGAUAAUGUAUUGUGUUCUAUUAAAUAAGUGGUUGUGCUUCCCUGAGAAUUUGGUUGAUUUUUUUUUUCCAUUAUGCAUCCAAUAGUGCUGAAAGCAGGUCCUAAACUAAUUGGUGUACCAAAAUAUGUUCAACUAUGUUCAUUUCGGUUGUGAAAGAAUUUCUUUUUUCCCCUUUAGAUUUUUACGCUCUGUCAUGUUCAUGAGACUUCUGGCGCAAAAUAGAUAUUGACUAGACUCUGCCAUUGGACCUGUAGCCAGCAGGAAGAGCUCUUGUCUGCACUUAAGGCUGGUGGCCCAGGACUACUUUCAGCACUCUGGAUUUCUACUACACUGUGUUUCUUGUUUCCUUGUUGGGAGUGACUGUAAGGGUUAGGAAGCUCCUAACACUCCUCUGAUGAACUGUUAUGGGGUAUAGCAAAAAUGAAAGAAAUGGGGGGUCUUUUCUGUCAAAAGAACAGCCAGUACAAAAUGUGCUUUGAGCCUGGGUCAAGCUAACCUGAUUAUUGGAACAUCUUCCCUCCAGUAUGUGUGUUGUUGCAUUUGGAGUGGUGUCAGUUUUGACCAGAGAGAUUGCUUUGAUCCAGGUUCUUUCCCAAAUCGCACACAGCAAAUUUUGAUGCCCUGAAAGAGGUCAGGAGCAGUUGUAUUUUAGGAGCAGUAGCACUAUCCAUAGAUAACGUGAAAAUGGCCGUUUUUUUAAUGAAGUCAUUUAGACUAUAUUGGGAAGUAAGUGUCUAAUUGAGUUGUCUUGUUGAAUUGGUUUGGAACAUGGCUUUUUAUAUGAAAAAAAUAUAGCUACAUUUGUUUUUUAAAAAAGGGUCAAAUUUUUCCACUGUAUAGUAGGUUUUUUUUUUUUUUUUUUUAAUAUAUACAAAUUAAGGGAUUCAAUUGUGCUGCGGACCAAUUUUGUUUUUCUGUUCUGUUUUUUGUUUUUGAACCAGUGUUCCAAACCAAUUUAUUCUCUAAUUGAGAUGUUAAGACUGGAUUUUUUCCCCCCUCCCCUGCCCAAACUCCCCCCCCCCCUUUCCCCACCUUCUCCUUGAGUCCCAUGUAGCAUUUCUUGGGUAAAGGGUAUAAUAAGACUUGUGGGAUAAUGAGGCAGGUGCCAUUGCAGGAUUAAGUGUUGGGAUGUACUGAAGGGAAACUUUGGUGUUUUAAUUCUCUUGCUAUUCUUUGGUUGGUCAAGAUGUGCUACAUAUAUCUGUGCUCUGAGCUUGAUGCUUUAAUAAAAAAUA